AUGGCACCCUCCGUCAACGGAGAUUUCAAUGGGGGUAUUAACUAUGAGCACGUUUAUGAUAACAGGAUCAUGCUGGUCCACCCUCUCGCCCCCACCCCUAACAAAAAUAAGGCUGUCCUCGGCCUUCCCUGCAGGCAGAAGAGCUACGGCAAAGGAAGGAUGGCCUCUGCUUCCAGCCACUUCUCCGAGGAGCAGUUCAGGGACGUCUGCCUGGAGCUGCAGCAGCCUGGAGUGCCUGGGGACAACUGGGAGCUGCUGGUGACGUGCAUGGGCAUCAGCAUCUACCAGAGGCUGAACCAGCCAAGUGGACAUUACGAGUAUAAGGCCUUUGGCGUUCUGGAGGAUUGCCCACCGGGUCUGCUUACAGAUGUCUAUCUGGACUUCAACUAUAGAAAAAACUGGGAUGACUUUGUUAAACAGCUCUAUGAAGAAGAAUGCAACGGAGAGGUAGUGAUCUACUGGGAACUGAACUGCCCGUCUCCCAAGUUCAACAGAGAUUACGUCUACGUGCAGCAGCACCGAGAGAUGGAAUUUAACGGGCAGAAGGUCCACGUGAUCCUGGCCCAGAACACCUCUGUGCCGCAGUUUCCAGAGAAGUCGGGAGUGCUCCGGGUGAGGCAGUACAAGCAGAGGCUGGCCUUCCAGAGCAAUGGCAGGAACGGGAGCAAAAUUUUCGUGUAUUACUAUGAUAGCCUGGAUUGCCCAGUUCCGAACUGGCUCUUUAAGUGGGCUGCCAAGAAAGGAGUCCCUACCUACUUGAGAAACAUGGUGAAUGCCUGUCAUAACUAUCCCAGGAGAUCCUAA